AUUGAUCGCAUCGCCAUGGAAACAGCAAAGCGCAGAACGAUAGAAACCAUCGUCUCCAAGCUCAGCUCCGUCUCCGAGCAGACCAGAGCCGCCGCUCUAGCCGAGCUCAGGCUCAUCUCCAAACAAGACCCCGAAAGCCGUCCCAUCAUCGCCGACGCCGGAGCCAUCCCCUACCUCGCCGAGACUCUAUACUCCUCCUCCCCCUCCUCCCAGGAAAACGCCGCGGCGACCCUCCUCAACCUCUCCAUCACCUCCCGCGAACCCCUCAUGUCCUCUCGCGGCCUGCUCGACGCGCUCUCCCACGCGCUCCGCCACCACGACACCACCACCUCCCCCGCCGCGGUCCAAUCCUCCGCCGCCGCGAUCUACAGCCUCCUGAUCGCGGAGGAGUCUUACCGCCCCGUCGUCGGAUCGAAGCGAGACAUCAUCUUCUCUCUCAUCCACGUCAUCAGGUACCAAGACUCGCACCCGAGAUCGAUCAAAGACGCGCUCAAGGCGCUCUUCGCCGUCGCUCUCUGCCCGGCGAACAGAUCAACGAUGAUCUCCCUCGGCGCGAUCCCGGCGCUCUUCUCCCUCAUCGUGAAGGACUCGCGGUGCGGGAUCGUGGAGGACGCGACGGCGGUUAUGGCGCAAGUCGCCGGGUGCGAGGAGAGCGAGGAAGGGAUGAGGAGAGUCUCCGGAGCCAGCGUGCUGGCGGAUCUGCUGGAUCCGUGCACCGGCUCGAGCCUUCGGAUCAAGGAGAACGCGGUCAGCGCGCUUUUGAAUUUAGCGAGGUGCGGCGGAGACGAAGCGCGUUCGGAAGUUGCGUCUGCGGUUGCGUCAGGUGCGGAUGAAGGAGCUAUGGAAGGGAUCGUGUACGUUGCUGAGAGCGGGAGUAAUAAAGGAAGGAAGAAGGCGGUUGAUCUGUUGAGGCUCGUUUCAAACGAUUGACGACGUUUCGAUCGUCUGAUCAGUGAUAAUGAUAAUAAUCCGAGUAGUAUCUGAUCAUCUGCUUAUCAUUUUGUACAAC